GGGCUGCGCCUUUCCUGAGCGAGGCUGCGCGUCGGGUUGGGGGGAGGGGGUGCCCCCCUUUAUCUUUCUGCCCCUUUCCGCUGGCCCCCCGCCCCACGCAGAGAUGGAGUUUGACUCGUACCAACACUACUUCUACGACCACGACGCCCAGGAGGAUUUUCACCGCUCCACGGCGCCCAGCGAGGAUAUCUGGAAGAAGUUUGAGUUGGUUCCCACGCCCCCCGUCUCGCCGCUGGGCCCCCCGGGGGAGAAAGGAGCGGCCCCGGAGGAGCGCGGGUGGCUCUCCCGCUGCUGCCUGGCCGGGGACGAGCCCGAGUAUCUCAUCGGGACGGGGCAGAUCUUCGGGAACCUGAGCGCCUUCAUCCUCAAGGAUUGCAUGUGGAGCGGGUUUUCAACGCGGGAGAGGCUGGAGAAGGCGAUGACGGACAAACUUUCCACGGGCACGCAGAGAGCCGCCCCGCACAAGCCGUCCUUCGCGCAGGAUUUCGGCUUCAGCAGCUCGGUGAGCGACUGCGUGGAUCCCGCCGCCGUCUUCCUUUGCCCGCUGGCCGAGAGCAAGAUCCCCGCGUCCUCGGGGUCCGAGGGCCAAAGCGAUUCCGAGGGUGAGGAGAUCGACGUGGUGACGGUGGAGAAGAGGCAGUCGCUGAGCCUGAAGCAGCCGGUGACCAUCACGCUGCGCGCCGACCCCUUGGACCCCUGCAUGAAGCGCUUCCACAUCUCGGUGCACCAGCAGCAGCACAACUACGCCGCCCGCUCGCCGCCGGACGCCGGGGCCCCCGCGGCCUCCCCCCGGCAGGACGAGGCUGAGCCCCCCCGGGCGGCAGGGCCAGCUCCCCCCGAGGCGCUGCCCGAGCCCGACCUGCCCAAAGCCAGCAGCGGCCCCGGCUCCGACGGCGAGGACGUGGCCAAGAGGAAAAACCACAACUACCUGGAGCGCAAGCGGCGCAACGACCUGCGCUCGCGCUUCCUGGCGCUGCGGGACCAGGUGCCCGGGCUCGCCAGCUGCCCCAAGACCCCCAAAGUGGUGAUCCUGAGCAAAUCCUCCGAGUACCUGCGGGCGCUCGUCAGCACGGAGAGGAGGAUGGCGGCCGAGAAGCGGCAGCUGCGGCUGCGGCAGACCCAGCUGCUCAAACAGAUCGCUCACCUCAAGGGGCACUAGCAGCCGCAGAGCCCCCGGCCCCGCCUCCCCCAGCUCCCUCUCGAUUUGCACAUGUUGAAUUUUUGGGGGUGGUCUGAACCGUGGGCCCCCGAGGGCUGGAGCGUGUGGGGUGCUGGGCACGGGGCUGCGCUGGGGGCUCCCCCUUGUGAUAUCGCCUGCCUGGGGCUGCUUUCUUGGCACUGGGUGUUGCAGGUUUCCCUCGUCCCCCUGUGAAGCUUUCUCCAGUGUCUGCUUUGAUUUGUGGGCUCAACUCCGUUCCCCAGCAGCCCCUGUGCCCCUCUCUGCCGUUUGCCACCAUCAGCAUGGAGGGGGCUGCCCCAGGGUGUCUGUCUCGCCCCAGGAUUCCCACACAGCCAUCACCUGCUGUGGCCCACAGAACAGACACAGAGAGCCCAUCCCAGGGCUCCUCGCUGGAUGGAUCCCUGGAGAGAUGGAGACACAGGACACCUCUCAGUGGGGUGAGCAGCCCCCGUGGGCGAUCCCCUUCCUCGGCUGGACCGUACCUCACCUCUCACCUCACACAGUAGCUUGUCUUGGAUUCCAUGUUCUAGAAACUGCUGCUGUAACUGCGACUCACGCUGGAGGCUGUUUUUAUACUGUAUUUUUGUACCACUUUUGGAGAAGUAUUGGUAAAGAGUUUGCAUUUUUAUAUAUAUAUAUUUGUACCCCCCCUCUUUGUUUUUGUUUUAGAGGGGGUUCCUGCUGUAGGGAGGGCUCAGUACUGGGAGGGCUCAUCCUGGGAGGGCUCAGUCCUGCUGCACUUUAGGGAGAUCAGGAAGGGGCUGGUUCCUGCUGGACCCUUGAGCUGAGCCCUCGUGGAAGCCCCUUUCCCCCUUGCAGCUCUCCAAAUCACUCCUUUGCAAUAACAGGGGAUUUUGUUUUCCCUUUCCCACUCUUAUGGGUUUCCCCCCUCCCCCUGCUCACCAGCAGCCCCUUAAAA